GACUGAAUGUGGAGCCACGCUAAAAGUAGUAAGUCACAGGGUUCUUAUCCUUUCUAUCCGCUGAGCUCAUGGGUUGAUCUUAAAACGAAAACAAAAUAACUGGUUCUUUCGUUUUAAGCUUAAUACUCGGUGCUUUAUUUGUACAUUUUGCGUUAUAGGCACAACCAUGGAGGUCAAAAGCGCAAACCAACCAGAGGCAAGCACUGAUUCCAAUUAUGACAGAAAAGCAGAAAUAAAAGCCUUUGAUGAGUCAAAAACUGGUGUUAAGGGUCUUGUAGAUUCUGGGGUGAAAAGGAUUCCACGCAUGUUUCAUUCUGGCAUUUCCAUAACUGAAAACUCAGCCAGUGACUCUAAGUUCAGUGUUCCCGUUGUAGACCUCAAAGACAUAUACAACAAUUAUGUUAGGCAUGAAGAAGUUGUCAACACAAUCAGAAGUGCAUGCCACAACUGGGGAUUUUUCCAAGUGAUCAAUCAUGGAAUUCCAAUCAGUGUUAUGGAUGAGAUGAUUGAUGGAAUCCGUAGGUUUCAUGAACAAGAUGCUGAUGUAAGGAAACAAUUUUACACAAGGGAUUUGAAAAAUAGAGUUCUGUAUCAUUCCAACGCUAGCCUUUACCGAGACAAAUUUGCUAACUGGAGAGAUACAGUGGGGUGCCAUAUAGCUUUUGAUCCACCCAAACCAGAGGAAUUGCCUGCAGUAUUCCGAGACAUUAUUGUUGAAUAUUCGGAGAAAAUAAUGGGUCUGGGUUGUACAAUUUUUGAGUUAUUGUCAGAGGCUCUUGGCCUUAUUCCAUCUUACCUCAAAGAAUUGAGCUGCGCUGAAGGGCUUUUCAUUCAGGGUCAUUACUAUCCACCAUGCCCUGAACCCAAAUUUACUAUGGGCACAUCGAAGCACACUGAUGCCAGCAUCAUGACAAUACUUCUACAAGACCAAUUGGGUGGUCUUCAGGUUCUUCAUCAGAAUCAAUGGUAUAAUGUUCCUCCUGUGCACGGAGCUCUUGUAGUAAAUGUUGGAGAUCUUCUACAACUUAUGACAAAUGACAUUUUUGUGAGUGUUUAUCACCGGGUCUUAUCAAGUCAUAAAGGGCCAAGAGUUUCAGUAGCUAGCUUCUUUAAUGGUCAAGCUAAAGGAGGUUUAUCAAAGGUUUAUGGUCCAAUAAAAGAAUUGUUAUCAGAUGAAAACCCACCAAUGUAUAGGGAGACCGCCGUAGCAGAUUUAAUGGCACACCAUUUGGCUAAGGGGCUUGAUGGGAACUCUGCCUUGCAGCCUUUCAGGUUGUGAAAUGAACAACUUUCGAAUUAAAAUGGAACUUGAAAAAAUUGAUGCACUCUUGAUUCUCAUGAAGCUGGUUGUAAUGCAUUCUAACUUUGUGCCUUCUACUUGUAUUAAUUUUCCGUAACGAGUUAUGUUUGUAAGGCAGCAGCAUCAAGUCCUGCUGACACAGAAUAAGAUAAAUUAAUUUAGUAGUUCACAUUCAGUGUGCAUAUGUAAAUUUAGUUUAAAUGAAUUUCAUUUU